AAUUUGGCAUAUAAACGCAAAAUGAGCAGUGGUCCCAUGCAGCCAGUAGCGCACUGAGCGACCUGAGGAAUUCAACAGGUACCUAGACAUUUCUGAGCUCUCUGUCUUCCAGCGUGGAUGUACAGUCUGAAAGAGAAACGUCUGCCUGCACUCAUUUUGUGUGAUGGAUGGAAUUAAAGGCUCGGAUUGGAAAAUCGUCACUCUGCAAUAAUCUCAAGGCGUUUUGGAAUAUUGCACCUGGGAGGUAUUUUGAUCAGUUUAAUCGAAUUUAAAGACAACAAAAAGUAUUCUUCAUUCAGCAGCAGUAUUUGCCCCGACAUGAAGAUGUCUUUUCCUUUCAUGAGCUGGGUUAGAGUGGCGAGCUUGUUCCUGUGUUUGACCCAGACCGUCCUGGCCAUGGUCCUCACCAACUCCACACGACUCGAGUCCAUCCUGGACAAGUACAGGGACAGGGAUGAGGAGUGGUGGAGGGCCAAGUCAAGAGGCAAGAGGGCCAUCAGCGAGGGAGACAUGCACCUCAUCCUGGACUUGCACAACAAGCUGCGGGGUCAGGUCUACCCUCCUGCCUCCAACAUGGAGUACAUGGUAUGGGAUUAUGAGUUAGAGAGGAGCGCAGAGCACUGGGCACAUACAUGCCGAUGGGAACAUGGACCGAGCCACAUGUUGACACAAAUAGGCCAAAACCUUGGAGCGCACUGGGGCAGGGACCGCCCCCCUACCUACCAUGUCCAGGCCUGGUAUGAUGAGGUGAGGUACUACAGCUAUCCCUACUCCCAGGAGUGUAACCCACACUGCCCAUUCAGAUGUUCAGGACCAGUUUGUACUCACUACACUCAAUUGGUGUGGGCGACUAGCAAUCGUAUUGGCUGUGCUAUCAAUGUGUGUUACAACAUGAACGUGUGGGGAAUGAUCUGGGCUAAAGCUGUCUAUCUGGUCUGCAACUACUCUCCACCGGGCAACUGGUGGGGUCAUGCGCCAUACAAAUAUGGAACUCCCUGUUCUGCCUGUCCAGCUAGCUAUGCUGGAGGCUGCAGGGACAAUCUCUGCUACAAAGAUGGGGGUGUUGACAGGCGUCCAGCUCCUGAGAUUGAGGAGACCAACUACAUUGAACCUGAACCGGAACCAGUAAGGGACAGGGAGCCCCAACCCAGGGCCCAGACACCAAACCCCUCGCCCAAUGACAACCUAGAGAGAAACCAGGUUGUCAGCACCGAGCAGAUGUGCCAACAGGUUGACUGUGAGACUAAGCUGAGAGAUCAGUGCAAGGGAACGACCUGUAACAGAUAUGAGUGUCCACCUGGCUGCCUUGACAGCCCUGGAAAAGUAGUUGGGACUGGAUAUUAUGACAUGCAGUCCAGUGUGUGUGGAGCUGGGAUACACUUUGGUGUUAUUGACAAUGACGGAGGAUGGCUGGAUGUAACCAGACUGGGCAGAAAACAACAAUUCAGCAAGUCAUACAAGAAUGGUAUUCAAUCAGUUGGUAAAAACAGGAGUGCAAAUUCCUUCAAAGUAGAGUCGGUGCCUGUCAAGGCAGUAACAUGUGAUACCAGCGUGGCAGUUUUCUGCCCUUUCAAGAAACCUCUACGACACUGUCCCAGGUUGUACUGUCCCAGGAACUGCCUACAUGACAGUCGAGCCCGAGUCAUUGGGACAAAAUACUUCUCAGAUAAAUCCAGUAUCUGCCGAGCAGCCAUUCAUGCUGGAGUGAUCCAGAAUGAGUCAGGAGGGUACCUCGAUGUGAUGCCUGUGGACAAAAGGAAGCAGUACACUGGUAGUUACCAGAAUGGCAUCACCUCAGAGAGCCUACUGAACCCAACAGGUGGAAAAGCCUUCAGAGUGUUUGCAGUCAUCUGAAAAACCACUCUCAAAGGACAGAGUACCAUCAAACAUGGGCACUUCACAUCCAGCAAACCCACUCAUUAUCAUCUUAUAACCCGUAAUUACAUUCAUUCCUGCAGUAAAUAAUUCAGCUUUUCAGUCUCUGACACUAAAACUGGAACAUGACUUUACUCAAGACUUUCCCUCUAAGUUUGGUCAUCAGUGUCCAAUAAUAGCUUAGCAAAGGAUGUUUGUUGAAUGAUGAUCUUAGAUGUCUUUUGCCUUACGUCUUUUCUAAAUUUCUACAGUUAACCUUAAUAAUCACAUUGGGCUGCCAUGCAUCUUUUACUGACAUGGUAUCAUGACAUCAUGUUUUUUAAUACUUAAAGUUGAUUACACACCACCAGAUUCAGCACCACUCCAAAUGCCUCCCACAAUUUCAGAACGUGAAGGUUAAAAUGUAACAUCAGAGGUUUUAUCUAAAACCUAGUAAUUAAAUAUGUAGUAUGCAUCAGCUAUAUGUAGAGAUACACAAGGUAAAUAACGGGGCAGUCAGAUACAGAAUCUGUUCAUACAUCUUGUGGGACUAUUAUUUAGUCAGACCAUUCAUGCUGAAAUUAGCUCCGUGGGCAUUUGUUUCCCAUUACACUUGCCCAAUACACCGUCUUGCAUAUGCUAUGGAGGACCAAACCAGACGUAAAAAAUAGUAAAAUUACAAAUAACUUGAUAACAUUUGAUGAAUAACUAUGGGGCAGAUAAAUAAAUCCAUGAAUAUGAAUAAAGUAAUCCCAACUGUAAAUAUACGUUUUACUUUCAUCUCAGCAGAUUGGCAAUCAGCAGAUUUUUUUUCUUUCUACAAGCAAGAUUUAUUUUUCUAUCAGCAGAAUUUAUUAUUUUACUUUAACAGGAUUGUUUUCAUGCAUGUGACCUGAUUUAUUUUCCCUCUAGUAUACAAUCUAAGGAGGCUUCAAACCAUCCCAUAUUCCUGCUUGGCCAUCUAUGUCAUGACAUCUAUUUACACAUCUAAUCACUGCAUCGAUGUCAGAAUCGUCAGUUUUCCAUUUAACUGGUUCAAGAUCAUCUGGGCCAGUUUUUAAAACUAUGGUUUCUAUGCAUUUUAUAAUAACACAGAAUUUUAUAAUGACACAACAGCAAUAACACUGAACCACCACUGUAAUUAACAUUUAUUGGCAUCAAUUGUAUUCUACUUCUACUGUAGAAAAGCUCUAUAUGCCCAAUGCUAUUGCCAGACUGAAGUUGCAAUUGGACGAUUCUGCAAAAGCCUGGAUUAUGUUCACUAACAACAUUUAAAUAAAAAAAAGUUAAAUUCCAUUAUCAAUGCAUGGCAACUACAGUCUAGGUAAGGGAAAGAUAAACUGGGUAAAUAAACUGGUUAAAGUAUGGUUACGGUUAGUCAAUGGUUUGGUCAUGGUUAGAGAACUAUCAAGUUUACUGUUAAAAAAGCAAACAUUCAUAAUCAUCAUAAUCAUCAUAACGUAAAUUUACCUAUUAAGUCUGGUUUGGGCCUCCAUAUAUCACUUAGGUAAUAUACAGUAUAGCAACAAUGCAGGCAAUAAAAUACAGAUUGUAUAUUUUUGUAUAUAAUAAUGUUGUAAAUACUAUUGAACACUAUGCUAUGAAAUGCUUGCUACAAUGCUUGUUGGCUUUUUCAUUUACAUUUCUAACACAUUGCCAGCCAUACAAAGUUAAACAAGCAAUAAGCAGUAUAUGCUGAAACAGAUUCUGCAUGCAAGACAUAUAUUUGUCGCUCAAGCUUUUAUUAUUAUAAAGUACAAAUGCCACCAUCAUUUUAGUAUAUUCAUAUGUUUGUAAAUAUUGUGUAUGUAACAUAUUGUUUUAUUUUAUGCUGCAUUUCCCAGCUUUUGUUUAUAGAUUUAUAUAAAUGGAACCUGGCUGGCCAGGUAUGUGCAUGGCAGAAUUAUAAUUAAAAUACUUGGAGAUAAAAUUAAAA